AUGGGAAACCAGCAAACAUCCAACUAAUUAGGAAUAAAACUAAGAUCUUCCAUUAUUCAAAGAUCUUAAUCUUAAAAUCCACAACAACAAUCUCCAUUAACGAAAGGCUCAGAUUCAUCCAAGAUAAAGGAUUAUUGGCUUAGAGGAAUGGGAAGGGGAGGCAAUUCUAAGUCUCCUAAGUAUCAAAAUUUAAAAACUGCAAGGAAAACUUCGCAAUAUGUAAAUGAAUUCGGCUUUGAAGACUUCUCAGGUUUAAUCAAACUUUAAAAAAUAUCAAGUCCUGAACCCACCUUCGAUAAUAAUCAAAAUUAACAAUAGCAUCCCACUCACUAAGAUUAAAAGCAAUAAUACAAAACAAUAAUGUAAGAGGUCAAAAGAUAAAAAAGCUCACAGGAGUUUUAAAAGCUUAAAGUUGAGACUUAACUCUAGAGAGUUAAUGGGGCUAACAAUAAGAUGAUGGAAUAUGAACCAAGUGAAACAGACUCUGAAAUAGAAUUAGGACAGGCAAAUUACAUCCAAAAUAAAGACAACACUGGAGUGAUAUCCAAGAAAAAUCAUGAUAACUUUGAAUAUGGAGAGGAGUCCUAUUCAGGGGAAGCCUAAGUUGAGGAAAUUAAGGAUCUCAGUGAAAAUUCAGUUUCCCAAAUUUAGCCAAACAGCAUCCAAGAUAACUAAUUAAAAACUGAUGAGAUAGAUAUUCUAGACUAAGUUGAGGAAAUUAACCUGGCUGGAUCAGAGGAUUCCUCAAGCAUUUCACUUGAGAUCCACGAUAAUACAGUUGAUUAAGUAAUUUUAAAUUCAAUCUAAAAGCGAAAAUUUGAACUCCAGCAAUCACCCUAAAAUACAAAGUUCAAAGGAAGCAUAUAAGGAGCAUCAACUAGCUCAGGAACGCCAAUGACUAAUCUAAAUUAUAAUAAUAACAGGUUCUUGAAAAUGCAAUAAUCAAAGCAAAGAGUAAAGCCAUUUGCUGAUAAUUCCUCAAGUCCUAUUAGACAAUAAAAAGACCUAAAUAAGCCUAGAAUUAUCUAGCCAUAAAAGAAAAAUCAAGCUCUUGGCACUUAAAAAAAGAGCACACCUUCAAAUUUAAUGCUCAAGGAUAAGCAAAGCUUCAAUAACAAGUUUAGCCUUUUGCUCUCCCCUCCUAAAAAAUAGUAAUUAAAUGUGGGUGGUAAUACCUAAAAAUAGUCUUAAGAAUUCUUUUCUCCUUAAAAGAGAGCUUAGCCAACUCAAAAAAAAAUAAAAACAGCAAGAAGUCCCCAAAAUUUUCCUAUUUAAACCCCUAAUUAUAAGAAAAGUUAGAUUGUUCUUCCAAUUCAUACAUCGAGAUUGCAAAUGCCCUUUAGAAAAGGAAAGAGAGAGUCAGAUAGCUCAAUAAUUCAAAACUAUGUUACUCAAUAGUCAUCUAAAUUAGAUUACUCAAAGCUUUUAAGGCAUGAUAUUUUGAAUAAGCCUGUUAUAAAAAAUACAAAUUAAAAGAAGACAGAAAAUAAUAAUGAAGAUAGUAAUACUUAAAAGUUAACGAGACAAGCUCAGAACAUAGAAGAACGUAAAAACAAGCUUAAAAAUUAUCUAGAUGAAAAUAACGAUAAGAAAGAUUUUGGAAGAAAUGAUCCAAUUGUACAGUAAGGAGAAAUCUAUAGAUUCAAACCCGGCAUUGAGAAUAAUUUUAUCAGUAGAUGGGUUUAAGUUUCAAAUAAUGCCUUUAGAUAUUUCAGAAAUUAAUACCAAUCUUUUGGCCUUAACAAACCAAUAGUAUCAAUCCCAAUCAGAGCGAUUGAAGAUGUCUCAAGAAUUGAAGUAAAUACUGAAGCUUUCUUUAGAAAGAGAAAUGUAAAAGAAAUUGAGAGAACUCUCUUUCAAUACAUGUUUGAAGUUUAUCUCAGAGAUGAUUAUGAAGACAUCUUUAAUUUCAGAGAUGAGGAAGUAAAGCAAAAAAGCUUAAGUCCACUUAAACGAAAUGAAUCUGAUGUCUUAAGUCAAGCCAGAUCUGUGAAUAAUUCAUUCUAUUAGAGUCAAGAAAGAAAGUAACACUCGUUGUAUCGGUAUAAAAAACAGAGUGAAUACACAGCUAGAAGUGUGUCAAGACCCAACUGCAACCAAGAUGACUUAUUCGACCUUUCAAAUUACAACAAGAAAAUAAAGCAGCAUGAAAGAGAAAAGAGAGUAGCCAUGAUUGAUAUAAACAAUAGAGCUGAGGAGUACGAACAUGACAAAGUCAAUAGAAUUGUUAAAGGUCACUUGAUGGCUAUCAGAGAUUAUAAUCUUGGAGACUAAAAGAAGACUUACUUAGAAGACUUCAGCAUGCUUGAAAAAAAUUUCGGAGACAGAAAAAGAAACAUUAAUAUUGACUUCAUUACUAAUGCUUCAUCUUGGACAAACAGAGCCAUAGAUUGGUACAACUCUGAGAGAAGACUAGUCUUUGCAACUACUUCUGAAGAACAGAGAGAAGCUUGGAUGGGAUAUUUUAAGGGCAAGUAAUUUAUAGAAUCCGUAAAUAAAGACAAUUACUGA